GCAUGUCAGCCACGUUUAUUGCAAAGCACUGCACUGUGGAUUGCUAUACGGCGUUGCGGCAUUCUCGAUACCAUUGGCAGAAAAGUUUCAUCAUCCGGCCAGGAGCCCACAGUUUUCGAGAAAUAACUCUUGCCGGCAUAGUUUCUUUGUAAUCCGUAAAGAUGGUGCUAGAUUUGGAUCUAUUCCGUAGCGACAAGGGUCACGAUCCGGAGAAGAUCAAGGAGAACCAAACGAAGCGAUUCAAGGAUGUGGCACUGGUCGAGACAGUCAUCGAGCAGGAUAAGGAGUGGCGCCGGUGUCGCUUCAACAUGGACAAUUACAACAAACUGAAGAAUCUCUGCAGCAAGGAAAUUGGCGACAAGAUGAAAAAGAAAGAACCGCAAGGUGACGAGAACGAACCGGUCCCGAAAGAGGUGGAGGAUCAGCUGCGCGAGAUGCAGUUGAACUCGCUGAAAGAGCUGACCGUGAACCAGAUCAAGAAGGUCCGCACGCUGAUCGAUCAGGCAGUAGUGGAGAACGAGCAGCAAAUGAAGGAGGUGGAGGCGAAUCGUAAUGCCGCAUUGCGCGAGGUGGGCAACCAUCUGCACGACAGUGUGCCCGUCAGCAACGACGAGGAUGAGAACCGGGUGGAGCGCACGUUCGGGAACUGUGAGACGCGGCUAAAGUACUCGCAUGUCGAUCUGAUCGUAAUGAUCGACGGUAUGAACGGGGACAAGGGUGCCGUAGUGUCCGGUGGACGUGGAUACUUUCUUACCGGGGCGGCCGUAUUUCUGGAGCAGGCUCUGAUCCAGCACGCACUGCACAGUCUCUACGCCAAGGGAUACACACCGCUGUACACACCGUUCUUUAUGCGCAAGGAAGUGAUGCAGGAGGUGGCCCAGCUGUCACAGUUCGACGAGGAACUGUACAAGGUGGUCGGUAAGGGUAGCGAACGUGCCGAAGAUGGCACAGUGGCGGACGAAAAGUAUCUGAUCGCGACCUCGGAACAACCAAUUGCCGCCUACCAUCGGGAUGAAUGGGUACCGGAAGCUUCACUGCCGAUAAAGUACGCCGGGCUUUCCACCUGCUUCCGGCAGGAAGUUGGUUCGCACGGACGUGACACCAGGGGCAUCUUCCGGGUGCACCAGUUCGAGAAGGUGGAACAGUUCGUGCUGACCUCGCCGCACGACAACAAAUCGUGGGAGAUGAUGGACGAAAUGAUUGGCAAUGCGGAAGCGUUCUGUCAGUCGCUUGGCAUUCCGUACCGUGUGGUCAACAUCGUGUCCGGUGCGCUUAAUCAUGCCGCAGCGAAAAAGCUCGAUCUGGAAGCGUGGUUCGCGGGUUCGGGCGCAUUCAGAGAGUUGGUAUCGUGCAGCAACUGUUUGGACUAUCAGGCCCGUCGGCUACUCGUACGCUACGGUCAAACGAAGAAGAUGAAUGCCGCCGUUGACUAUGUGCACAUGCUGAACGCGACCAUGUGCGCAACAACGCGCGUCAUCUGCGCCAUCCUCGAAACGCAUCAAACGGAAACGGGUGUAAAGGUCCCGGAAGUGCUUCAAAAGUACAUGCCAGAGAAGUAUCGCGAGGAAAUUCCGUUCGUCAAGCCAGCUCCGAUCGACGUAGAACAGGCGGCUGCUGAAGCGAAAAAGGGUGGCAAGAAGGGUGGCGAGAAGAAAUCCGGAACGGCAGCAUAAUUUAAACGUAUAAUCGGAAUAAUCUACUCUACGCGACAAUGUAAUGACCCACAACCGUUGAAACCGUCGUCGUCUAAUUUAUUUCAAAUUUACUCAGUUCCCUCUAUUACAAAAAAAAACAACCGCUGGAUGCAUUUAGGAAGUGCAUUUGCUUUGCACCGAAACUCUACUGGAAUAAAGUCUCGUUGUUCUCGUGUUCGCUAUCGCAGCUGCUGCUGAAGUGAAUCACUAAGCAAACAA